UCUCUUCCCCACUCGCACAACCCACAAGCGCAGCAGCAAGCAACACGAGCCGUCCCGCACAGAGCCAAGAAACCUCAAACCCACCUCUCCCCGUCUCAACAGACCUAUCAGAAGCCAAGAUCUUCCACCACUUGGUCCAGUAAUGCCCGCCUAAUUGUGCUACGCAUGGCGCCGCCACAGGAGCGAGACUACAUCGGGCUGUCGCCGGCGGCGGCGGCAGCCACGGAGUUGCGCCUGGGGCUUCCGGGGACGGAGGAUGCUGCACCGGAUGGCGAUGGAGCGACAGCGGGGUCGCCUUUGACGCUCGAGCUUCUGUCCAAGGGCGGGGCGAAACGUGGGUUCGCCGGCGCAGCGGGAGGCAAGGCAGUGGCGGAGGAGGAGGACGACGAGAAGAAGAAGGCGCAGGCGCCGGCCGCAAAGGCGCAGGUUGUAGGAUGGCCACCAAUCCGCAGUUACAGGAAGAACACUAUGGCGACGAACCUAUCUACUCCAAGAAGCAAAGACGAAGUCGAGGCAAAGCAGGCGCCAGUGCCAGAGUGCCUUUAUGUCAAGGUUAGCAUGGAUGGUGCGCCUUAUCUCAGGAAGGUGGAUCUUAAGAUGUACAAGAACUACAAGGAUCUCUCUCUGGAGCUGGAGAAGAAAUUCAGCUGCUUUACUGUUGGCCAUGGUGAAUCGAAUGGUAAAUCGGGAAGAGAUGGCUUAUCUGAUUGCCGACUGAUGGAUCUUAAGAGCGGGGCUGAACUUGUGCUCACUUAUGAGGACAAGGAUGGAGAUUGGAUGCUUGUCGGUGAUGUUCCAUGGCGAAUGUUCACAGACAGCUGUAGGAGGAUGAGGAUCAUGAAGGGAUCAGAUGCAGUGGGCCUUGCUCCGAGAGCCACUGAGAAGAUCAAGAACCAGAAAUAGAAACACGACGAGCCCGAUAUGUUCCCUGCGAUCGCAUCUUACGAGGGUGAUGGACUUUAUGUGUGAGAAAGGGGUUGCUUAUAUACCUAUGUAUUCUCUUUAUUAUUUUCUUCUACGUUUGUUUUGAACAAGUAAUUUUAGAUUGGAAGUGUAAGUUGUGUAAGCUCGCGUAUGCUACUUUGACCGCGUGUUGUAGCUCGUGUUGUAAAUUGAUGUGCUCUGCCCUGCAAAACUCUCUCAGGAUUUCUGGUUGUUGCUUGUAACCUUGUGUGUUUUGCGAGUGAUAAGAACAUUGCUUUCAUCUGC